AUGUCCUUCACCGCCAAAUGCCCGACCGUUGUUUCCCGCCUCAAAAACCCUCUCUUUCACCAUCACUCUCUGCACAUCACUGUCCCUCAAAAUCCCACCAAUUUCACCCAAAAUUUCAAGAGCCCCACACACCAAACCCUGCACCACCUCCUAGAGCAAUGCUCCUCCAUGAGAGAACUCAAGCAACUCCAUGCCCAAAUCAUCCUCCAUAGCCUCACCAAUGAAAACCUCACCCUCGGAAAAUUCAUCUCCUUUUGCUCCGUCAACCACGCCGGCAACCUCCACUACGCACAGCUUUUGUUCGACCAUGUUCAUGAACCCAAUAAGUUUAUGUACAAUAGUCUCAUAAGAGGCUACUCAAAUAGUGAUGACCCAUUUAAGGCUUUCUCGCUGUACUGCCAAAUGGUUCGUUCAGGACUUUCGCCGAACGAGUUUACGUUACCCUUUGUUCUUAAGGUUUGUGCUGGCCAGUCUGCGUAUUGGGAAGCUGUGGUUGUUCAUGGUCAGGCAAUUAAAAUAGGAAUUGGGUCUCAAGUUUGCGUGCAAAAUGCUCUUAUUAAUGUCUACGGUGUUUGUGGGUCGAUUCGGAGCGCUCGGAAUGUGUUUGACGAUAUGUCCGUGAGGAGUCUGGUUUCGUGGAAUUCGAUGAUAGGCAGGUAUGCUAGAAUGGGUUCAUGCAAGGGAGCUUUUUUAUUGUUUAGGGAGAUGAGAGAUUUGGGGGUUGGGCCUGAUAAGUUCACCUUGGUUAAUUUACUUUCUGUUUGUUCACAGUCCUGUGAUUUAGAAUUGGGACGGUAUGUGCAUCUUUAUAUUGAGGUUAGUGGGAUUGAAGUUGAUCAAAUUCUGAGAAAUGCUCUUCUGGAUAUGUAUGCUAAGUGUGGCCAUUUGCACUUGGCACAAACGAUUUUUUAUCGAAUGACUCACAAAAAUGUGGUUUCAUGGACGUCAAUGGUUAGUGCAUAUGCUAAACAUGGGCUCAUUGAAUUUGCCCAGGAAUUUUUUGAUCAGAUGCCACUGAAAAAUGUGGUUUCAUGGAAUUCAAUGAUUUCAUAUUAUGUCCGAGAAGGCCAAUGCAGGGCGGCCUUGGAUCUCUUCCAAAAAAUGCUUAAUUCUGGUGCGUUGCCUGAUGAAGCUACCUUGGUUUUCAUCCUUUCAGCCUGUAGUCAAAUUGGUGAUUUGGUCAUUGGAAAGAAAACCCACAAUUACAUUUGCAACAGCAAUGUAGAACCCAGUGUAACUCUUUUUAAUUCCCUUAUAGACAUGUAUGCAAAAUGUGGUGCUGUUGGAAUCGCCAUGGACCUCUUUACUCAGAUAACAGAAAAGAAUGUAGUAUCAUGGAAUGUUAUCAUUGGGGCCCUUGCACUGCACGGUUGUGGAUUCGAAGCAAUUAGGAUAUUCAAACAGAUGCAAGCAGGUGGAAUCUGGCCCGAUGAGAUCACCUUCACUGGAUUGCUUUCUGCUUGUAGUCACAGCGGUCUUCUAGACAUGGGGCGAUAUUACUUUGAAAGAAUGGAGUCUAUUUACAGAAUAUCACCUGAAAUUGAGCACUAUGCUUGUAUGGUUGAUCUGCUGGGGCGAGGGGGGUUUUUGGAAGAAGCAAUUCGGCUGUUAAUAGGAAUGCCAAUGAAGCCCGAUAUUGUUAUUUGGGGUGCUUUGCUUGGUGCUUGUAGGAUCCAUGGAAAUGUAGAUUUAGGCAAACAAAUUCUGAAGCAGCUUUUAGAGUUGGAAGGACAUGGUUCUGGGCUUUAUGUACUUCUCUCGAACAUAUUUGGUGAAGCUCACAGAUGGGAAGAUGUUAAGAAGAUCAGGAAACUAAUAAAAGAUGGUGGAGUCAUAAAGAGUAGAGCAGUGAGCUCCAUUGAAAUUGAUGGCUGUUUUUAUGAAUUUAUGGUUGAUGACAAGAGACAUGAAACUUCAAGCAGUAUAUACUCCAUGCUUGAUCAAUUAACGGAUCAUCUAAAGUCUACUGGGUAUGCUCCAAGUGCAUUUUUGGAUAUAGAGGAAUUGUAG